AGCAUACUGUGUGUGUGUGUGUGUGUGUGAGAGAGAGAGAGAGAGAGAGAGAGAGCGCGCAUUCCCGGACACAGGGAGAAACUAGUUGUUCUGAUAACACAACCCCCGGAGUUUUUCAAGACACCGUGAAGACCUCGCUUUCACUCCAUUUUGUUCCAGUUAACAUUAACAUUUCUCAGGGCGAUGAGCUACAGCCAUCGAGCUCUUCUCGUCCUGGCACUGUUAGGGGUUUUGUCUGCGUUCAUGUCGCUGAUGUCGGCGAGUCUGAUUUUCCAGCUGAACGCCGAGAUGAAGGAGUCUGGAUCCGCGGUGCCGGGGGAAAUGUGGGCCGUGUUAAAGCCGCUCUGCGCCGUGCUUUCUGCGCUCUCUCUUACCCUCAACUCCAGCUCGGCCAUCAUCUGCCUGCUGCACUCACACUUCACCACCGAGAUGUGGAGAGAACACACACACAGGGCUGAGUGGUUCUUGUCAGACAGCAGGGUCAUUCGGCACGUCGCUAUCGGCUUGUUUUGUGCCGGGAUUUCUUUUUACCUGGGUGCCUUGUCCAUUUACAUGCUGCUGGUCUUUGAGAUUGAGACAGGAAUAGCCAGCGUGUGCGUGCUCUCCUCUGGUGUACUGGUGCUGCUGGUUCUAGUGGCUCAUACACUGAUCCGUGCUGCGUGCACAUACAAACACUUUCACAACCCACACGUCAACACCGUGUACCAGAACGACCCUGAGAAUAGCGCUGGCAUCUGCACAGUAGCGUCAGAGCUCAGUCUCAGAGAAAAGACCACAAGACUACGCAGUGAAGACGGCAUGAACCACCUGUUCACCUACACAGAACCCAAACAACAAUACUCUGGUGAAAGAGAAGCUUAUGGUGGGAGUGGACGCAUACACAGGACCCUGUCUACUGAAUCCAGUCUGCUUCAGACACACACAAAGCCCUGGAAAGGCAUCAACAAUGAGAUGAGAACUGUGCUGACUCGCAAAGCUACAGGCAAAGACUCCACGCUAGUGUGAGCACCCUUACUAUGAGAGGCUUUCAAUAAAACUACUCCUUGUACUAUUUUUUGCUACAGACUUGCUACUGUUCACUUCACCAAAAUGUCAGAUUAAGAAGUCUAAUCAAACACUAAGAACACAGACUAAACAAAUAAAAACAAUAAAGCUUCAUCCUACAAUUACAAAAUUGCAUAGAUACUGUUAUCUGGUAAAGAUCGUACUUGUAGGUCUCGUCACUUUUAUUUUAAAAUAUUAAGUUUGUAGACUGUCCUUUUCAGUCCCCACAAAUAAUAACAAUGCAACAACUAAAUCUUAUAACGUCUACUGAUGAAGUGCAACUGGAUUUAAAAUCUUCUCAUCUUAGGCAAAGUCAUUGAUUGUUAGAUGCUUUGGAUUUUGUCUUGAAAGGCUACAUUAUUUUAGCAUUUUUAUACUGUGUUGUAGACUAUUUUUUAUUCUGUAAAAAUUGCUUUUUUUUUAUAAUGGAUGGAAUAAUUUUAAAAGCAGCAAAUGGACAAAGUGAGAGAAAUCCUAAUGUAGGCUAUAGAUUUUUUUUUUCCAAAACCAGAAGUAUUUUAUUUAAAAGUGUUUCUCUCUUUAUAUUUAUCAUCACCCUUAACAAUUAUUUGUCACAUAUUAAAUAUGUCUGAUCUUGACCACUCUCUGAUUACAGUUGCUUUCAGUGUUACUUCUAAUAAGUAAAACUAACUUAUGUUAACUACAUACUUAAACAUAUGUUGAUAGAUUUUAUUUCACAUUAAUGGAUAUAAAACAUUCUUUAUUUACAGUGAAAGAAGGAAUGUUAGAUCAGUGUACAUUUCAAGUAGGAAACCAAACUGACAGGAGCGGAGCGGUCAAAAGAUUACUAAUGUAGGGCACAGCUUCUAGGAUGUCAGUUAAUACUGAAGAGAUCACAACAUUUGUGCAACAUCAAUAAUUCCAUAUUCCUGUCAGUUGGCUCUUCUGCCAUUUUAAUUGCCAGAAAAAAAGGCACUCUCUCUUUUGAUACAUCUCUGAUGCAAAAUACUUAGAAACCAGGAAGGUCUGCUUAAAGUUGCAGUUUUAUAUUUGAUUUUGUCACACAGCAAUCAAAAAGAUCAACCAAAAGCUGACAAAAUGAAUCAUGAAACACUUCACUUUCCCUACCUUUUAGCUGAGUAUCUAUGUGACUGUGGUAAAUAAAUGAAUACACUGCCAUAUAAACAUAA